UUUAAGAUACCGCCCCCUUUCCAAAUCCAUUCAUUGUGACGCAGAAGAUCGUGUCUGUUGGGGGUAGCAGCUCUUAUAUCCUUGGAGAAACGUGGGCUAAUGGCAGAAGGAGUCAUUUCCCUGGAUAGCUCCCAAUCCUUCACUGCCUGCAGACGCUGGGUCUUCAGGUCUGUGGUCGUGGGCACCAAUCCAGCUAAGAAAAGGAAAGGCCUGCAGUAUCAGUGCAGGACAAGCGGCAAAGGAAAAUCGCAACAUGGAAAAGUUCUUCAAAGAAAUUGAAGGAAAGCCAGAAAACAAGGGAAGGGCAGAAGAUGAAGGAAAUCCAGAAGAAGGAGGAAACGCAGACGAAGUCAAGUCCCAUGCAGAUGGGAAGCCUGCACGCCAGGGGAAGCUAGAGGAGGGAGGGCCAGGUGAGCAGGGACAACAGAAAAGUGAGGGAAAGCCAGAAAAUCAGGGAAAGUCUGAAGGGGAGGGCAAGCCAGCCAGCGAGGCGCGGGCUGCUGAAAAGCGCCCUGCUGAAGAUUACGUGCCGCGGAAAGCCAAGCGAAAAACAGAUAGGAGCACAGAGGAUUCUCCCAAGAACUCCCAGGAGGACUUCCAGGACAGGCAUGUCAGCAGUGAGGAGAUGAUGAGAGAGUCUGCAGAUGUGACCAGGGCGCAGGAAGAGCUGAGGAAAAGGCAGAGAAUGGGAGGUUUUCCCUGGUUGCCAAGAGAUUCUGCGCAGGAUGCUCUAGUUCCCAGGGGCCAACGCGGAGUCAGGGGAGUGAGGGGCGGAGGAGGCAGGGGCCAGAAGGACUUGGACGAUGCUCCCUUUGUUUAAAGCCUUUGGCCUUUCCUUCUGAUUUCUUUGAUGGGAAAUAUUGCCAGCCCUGCUUUCCCUGGCAGGCAUUUGCCAGGCUCUGUGCUUCAACCCUGUGCUGAUAUUUUCCUUUAGGUGUCACUCUUGUUACCAGCAGACAGCACUAUGUCUUUUAGUAAUGGACUUUCACCCAUGUGCAUGGAAGAGGUGUUCAUGGUGUACUGUAAAAUAAUAAAGAUAGCAGUGUGCAGAACCAUA